ACAGUGUCCUACUCACCUCACCUACUUUGCAAAAACUGAUUUCAAGAUUAUCAUAGCACUGUUUAUAGUGUAUUGUAAAUUUUCAAACGUGUAGAUCAAAUCGCUUUUUGGCUUGUAGGGUUUUGUUAAAUAUCGCAACUUCGUAAAAUGUCAUUCCAAUCACCAAUGCCUAGCCGGGAGUUCCUUUGGGAUAUCUUUAGAAGAGUGGACAAAGACCGCAGCGGGCAUAUAUCAGCCGAUGAGCUGCAACAGGCUUUGUCAAAUGGCACUUGGAACCCAUUCAACCCAGAAACAGUAAGACUUAUGAUUGGUAUGUUUGACAAACAGAAUAGAGGUGUCAUAUCAUUUGAAGACUUUGGCGCCCUAUGGAAAUAUGUCACAGAUUGGCAAAAUUGCUUUCGCUCAUUUGAUAGAGAUAACUCUGGAAAUAUAGACAGGCAAGAACUGAAGAAUGCUCUCACAGCAUUUGGGUACCGGCUAUCUGAUGAAGUUGUGGGCAUUAUGGUCCAAAAAUUUGAUAGAUUUGGACGAGGCACAAUUUUGUUUGAUGAUUUCAUCCAAUGUUGUGUCACUUUAUAUACGUUGACUUCGGCAUUUCGUCAAUUUGACACUGACCAAGAUGGCGUGAUCACAAUCCACUACGAACAGUUCUUGAAGAUGGUAUUCGGCCUAAAGUGCUGGCCGUAAACUCCGGGGUUUCAAUGUCGCGCCUCCAAGAUUUGGGAACACCCCGACAUUUGUACCUGCAAAAUAUCAACCAUUUUAUUACCUUAAAAUACUAGAGUCGUACAUUUCUAUAUAUUGUAGCUAAAAUAACUGGUAUCUGGGACAAAUUCAUAAUUUAGACUUGGUAAUCUUUACACAAAGUUGCAUACCUAAUCAUGUCAUUGUAUAUACAAGCGCUCACUAAAAUCACUCGCUAAGACACAUUAUCUACAUUAAAGAACGUACUACAUAUAUGCAGAUACCAGUCUUUAUUUAUACUUUAUUUUUAGGUAGGUAGCUUAUUUACAAAAUUUUAUCAAACAUACCUACUUAGUAAAGAACCUAUGAAUACCUACUUACCUAUAAAAAGUUUGAGCGAGACAUAUACUACAUGUAGUAAGUAUUUUAUGUAGGUAACAUACCUGUAAACCUUUGUGAUAUCUACCUACCUAUAUACACGAAAACCGCUGCAUUUAUGGUUUUUUAAAUAUUAUCUUUUGCCUCUCUUAGAGUAGAUUAUAUACAUAUUUAAAUAUUUUAAAUGUUUAUUCCAAAUUGUAUAUGUGUAUUGUAUAAGUGUUGUUUCUGUCUCUGCUCACUUUGCCAAAUUUUUGUGUAGAGAAGCAUUUUUGUAUGUUGCUCAAUCUACGAGCUUAUUAUGUGCACGGUAGUGCACGGCCAAGUUACGAUUUCCCGGAAUGGCUAAGUCACAUUUUUAGAAUCUCUAUAUCGAGGAAAUUUUGUACAUAGGUAUAUAUUUAUAGUUUGUAGUUUACGUACCUAUGUCAUCUAAUGUCGUGACUAUAAUACAAGUUUAUACUCUGAAUAUUAUAAAAUUUCUCAAUUAAUACGCCAUGUUAUUGUUCUAAAAAUAUAUUUGUAGAUUUUUCAUUUAAAAACUUAAUUACGUUAGACAUUAAAAUUAUCUUUCGAUUAAAUCGAUCUGAAACGUUGAAGAUCUAUUGCUAAUAAGAAUAAUAAAAAACAUAUUCAACAAAAUGACAUCUACUGUCUUUAUUUGAGUGAUAAUAAAUGCUAUCAAGCCUCUGGAAUACUGUCGCACGUUGCGCAUCUGUAGAUAAGCGAGUCAUUCGUGACUCAUAGCAACUAAGCAAAAUGCACAAAUGUAAUUCUAUCAACCUCGGGAUGCUCCAGCAGCCUAAGGCGUACCUAAAGACGCCGACGGGAAGCUUCGCUCAUCAUGAAUACAAACAAAAAGUAUAAGUACAAUUGAAUGAGGUUCAAAAUGGCUCUUAAAUACGGCUGUUUCGCAAGGUGGGGCAGAUGUUCUGUUGUGUAAAUAUUAGUACCUACGUACGCUAGUGACCAAUACCACUUUAUUUUAAAAGACAAUAAGAAUUUGACUUUGGUUGGA